AUGGUCGUCCCGGAGUGGUGGCAGACAAAAAAUGAAACAUGCACAAGUUCAAUAGACUUGGAACUCUUUUUCCAUUGUUCGCUUCUUCCCUCAGUUGUCAUAAUCGUGGUGCUGUCCUGCCUUGAAAAAAGAGCCAGGAGAAGCACCAUCGAUGAAAGAUGUCACCUUCUCAACAGGAGGUGUGCAGUCCUAAUACCCUUGGAUUUCAUGGGGGCAUACAGCAAUCGGUGGUCACUGAGUUUUGCCUUUGGAGCUACAGCCACCAAAGUCAUGAUUCUGUUUUCAGAAGGGUAUGGUCCAGAGCAAGUGCUGCCCCAGUGGGCUCAUGCCAUUGUUCUUUUCAUUGGUGCCACGGAAGUUGGUCUUUCCUCCUAUCCAUUCUUCGUUUGCCUUUCAACACGUUUCCAGAUUAUAGGAGCGUGUCUUGGAUUCCUUUACACAGGUACUUGGACUGUGGUUAUGAUUGUGGACAUUAUACAGUGCCCCCAUGGACUAGUUGUGGGGGAAUAUGAAAAGAUAAUUUUUUACUGGCCCUCCUUGCUGUGCAAGGUUUUCCUGCUAGGCAGGUUUGCCUACAUCUUUGUGCAAGCAUUACGGGUCCGACUCCAAAUGGAUCUAAAUCAGGAGGAAACUUCUUUCCUAGAACUGCAUCAAGCUCAGUAUGUCCAGCAACUGAUGAAGAAGCCUCCCACGGAGCAGCCUCCGAAAUCCUGGAUCCAGCAAAAGGUUUAUGAAUGGGACCCCCUUUUCCAGUUCCCCUGCAGAAUGAUCUGCAUGGGUGUGCUUGCCAUGAUCUGCCUCUACAUGUUUAUUGUGAUGGAGUAUUAUGUCUACAAGCUUGUUUCAAAUGUGCUGAAAACUCUGGGGACGGAUUUUGAGAAGCUUGCUGCUUCCAGCAAUAUAUCCAGCAAUGUGCCACAAGUAGUUGCAAGAAUCCAGAGCUUGGAAGAAUUUAUUGAUGUCACAGAAGGUGUUUGGACUGCCACUACCUUCACUGCCUGCCUGACCUGUGUGAGCUACGUGUUCCACAUCUUAGCCUGCUACAGAAAACACAUGAAGCGGCUUUGGGCAGGGCAAAAGCAGUUCCUUCCAGUGAUGUUUAGCAAAUGUUCAUCUUCUCAAAGUGUGGCAGCAAUAGCAAGAUAUUCUGGUUGGCAAAUUGCAUACAUACUGUGGGGAUACCUCAUCAUCCACGUGGUGCAGUGCCUCUUUGGGGUGCUGCUCAUGUACAGUUUUGUGCUGCCGGUCAAGAAUGGUCAAGGAGUAGAAAUGGUUAAAAAUUUGGGAAUUGGAAUUCUCACCCUUUGCAUCAUCAUCGGAUUCAUUCUGCUGCAGGUACUGAUAGCUGCCCGCUUCUUUCUUCAGCCAAAGAUUUUAGAGAAUGACAAGGAAAAGCCUUUGGCUCUUGAUAACAGGAGAGGAUUCCAGAAUUUCAACUACUUCUUCUUCUUCUACAAUGUGCUGCUGGGGCUGGGUUCAUGCCUGUUCCGGCUGCUGAGCAGCAUCGUCGUGGGAGCCUGGCUGAUUGCUCGGAUAGACAGGACAAUAAUGCCCAAAGGCUAUGAAGCCCUUGACAUGGGAUUCAGGACAUGGAUCGGGAUGCUCUUCCUUGACCACUAUCACACAAACCCCACCCUCAUCUGCUUUUGCCACAUUCUUGUGCUGAAAGCCAGAGAGAGACCACAGCAGGGAAGCACCUAUUACCAGCACUUCAAUAAUGCAACCGAUUUUAGGGUAUCGAAGAAAUCCAGGACAAGAUGGCUGCUGCUUUAUACCCUUCUAAAUAAUCCAAGUCUCUCAGCGCUCAGGAAGUCACAAUAGCAGUUUUACCCUAAGAAUGUGCCGCUGAUUAUUUUACUGAACUCAUUCUGCAGAGCCAGUUGAACCAAAAGAAAAACUCCUUAUGACUGCAUUAUGGUGCCUUUCAGAAGCAGCUCUCCAACACUUGAAUGGAUCAUUGAUCAUCGGUUUACUCCAACUGGCAGCGUUAGGUCUUUCCUGGUUAUCCUACCAGCUUCCUUUUUAACUGGUGUGUUUAAGAAUUGAACUUGGGACCUUCUGCAUGCAAAGUAAAUAUCACUGAGUAGCUUGUGCCACUCAGUUCAGCUUCCAU